GCGUUUGUUUUGCGUUCGUUACCAUCAAAUCCUUCUUCAACAGCUUCCUCUCCUAAAUCCACAGAAUCUAAAGUCUUUUUCUCUCUCUAAAACCUCUCUAUAUCUCUCUCUCUUCAAAAUUUCCGAUCAUGCCGAACCGAUUCGCCGGAGCUCUGACUCAGGACUGGGAGCCGGUGGUGAUCCAGAAGGCCAAGCCGAAGCCGCAAGACCUCCGUAACCCCAAGAUGGUGAACCAGGCCCUCCGGUCCGGCGCGCCGGUCCAGACGAUCAAGAAGGCCGAGGCCGGCCACAACAGGAAGGCGGCUCCGGCGGUGAGCGUGAAGAAGCUGGACGAGGCGGCUGAGCCGGCGGCGCUGGGCCGGGUCUCGGCGGAUGUGAGGCACGCGAUUCAGAAGGCGCGGCUGGAGAAGAAGAUGAGCCAGGCGGACCUGGCCAAGAGGAUCAAUGAGCUCCCAAAGGUGGUUCAGGAGUACGAGAACGGGAAGGCGGUGCCGAACCAGGCGGUGCUGGCCAAGAUGGAGAGGGCUCUGGAGGUGAAGCUCAGGGGUAAAGUCGGCAAGUAAAGAUCUGCGGUUCAAAACGGCGGCGUUUAGGUUUCGUGUUUGGGUAAUUACUGUGUGAUGUUUUAGGCUGUAAAGAAAAAGAAAGUAAGAAUGGAUUAUGUAAAGUCUAAUUUUCUGA